AUGGCCCAGUUCAAGCCCCUGUUCCUGGGAACAGUAGGCAAGACUGAGCCCAUGGCUGCGCUCAAGCGUGCUGCCGACACACAAAAGUGCAUCCGUGCCGGUGGAAAGCACAACGACCUUGACGAUGUAGGCAAGGAUUCCUACCAUCACACCUUCUUCGAGAUGCUUGGCAACUGGUCGUUUGGCGACUACUUCAAGAAGGAGGCUAUUGGGUGGACAUGGGAGUUGCUCACCAAGGUGUAUGGUCUCGACCCUAAUCGUCUCUAUGUGACCUACUUCGAGGGCAACGAAGCCAUGGGCCUGGAACCAGAUCUCGAGGCCAAGCAGCUCUGGCUCGACCAAGGAGUACCAGAGGACCACAUCCUUCCCGGCAACAUGAAGGACAAUUUCUGGGAAAUGGGCGACCAAGGGCCAUGCGGGCCGUGCUCCGAGGUUCACUACGACAAGGUUGGUGGGAGAAAUGCUGCGCAUCUCGUCAACCAGGACGACCCUCUCGUGGUAGAGAUCUGGAACAACGUCUUCAUGCAAUACGACAGGCAAAAGGACAGGAGCCUCAAGCCUCUCCCCGCAAAGCACAUUGAUACCGGUCUGGGUUUUGAGCGUCUGGUAUCUGCCCUCCAGCACAAGUCUUCCAACUAUGAUACCGAUGUUUUCGCCCCUCUGUUCGCCAAGAUCGUCGAAGUCAGCGGUUCCCGCCCAUACAGCGACAAGUACGGCAAGGACGACGUCGAUGGUGUCGAUACCGCGCUCCGUGUUGUUGCCGACCACAUUCGUCUCCUCUCCUUCUCCAUCGCUGAUGGUGCUGUUCCCGGCAACAUCGGCCGCGGUUACGUCGUUCGCCGUGUUCUCCGCAGAGGUGUCCGCUACGCCAGGAAGUACCUCAAUGCCAACAUUGGUUCUUUCUUCUCCCAGAUUCUUCCUGCUUUGGUCGAACAGAUGGGCGAGCAGUUUCCCGAGCUCAAGAAGAAGGAGGCCGAUAUCAAAGAAAUCCUUGAUGAGGAGGAGGUUGCUUUCGCUGUUACCCUCGACCGUGGUGAGGCCAUGUUUGAGAAGUAUGCCGCUGCUGCGACCAAGGCUGGCGAGAAGAAGCUUUCCGGUGCCGAUGUUUGGCGUCUGUACGAUACCUUUGGUUUCCCAGUGGAUCUCACCAAGUUGAUGGCCGAGGAGCGCGGCCUUACCAUCGACGAAGAGGAGGUCAAGGUUGCCCAGGAGAAGGCUCGCGAGGCUUCCAAGGCGGUCAAGGAAGCCGUCACCACCUUCCCUAAGCUCACGGUUCAUCACAUUUCCGAGUUGGAGAAUGACCGGAACAUCCCCCGGACGGACUCGGAGGCCAAAUACUCUGCGCAGAGCAGCGAAGGUAAAAUCCAGCUCAUCUUCAACGGUUCCGAGUUUAUCGAGAACAGCAAGGAUGUGCCACCAAAGACACCCCUGGGCAUCAUCCUCGACAAGACCAACUUCUACGCUGAAUCCGGUGGUCAGGUUGCCGACACUGGUCGGAUCAUCAUUGACGAUGAAGCUGAGUUCAAGGUCCUCGAUACUCAAGAAUUCGGUGGUUACGUCGUUCACUCCGGUUUCCUCGAGUACGGCAACUUGAAGGCUGGUGAUGUCGUCAAGUGCGAAUUUGACGAGCUCCGUCGCCAACCCAUCCGCAACAACCACACCGGCACUCACGUCCUCAACCAUGCCCUGAGAGAAGUGCUCGGCGAUACGGUCAACCAGGCCGGCUCGCUCGUCGAUCAGGACAAGCUGCGCUUCGAUUUCAGCCACAAGACGCAGGUGACACUGCCCGAGAUCAAGCGCAUUGAGGAGCUCUCCAACGCCGAUAUCCGCAAGAACCUCAAGGUGUACGCCAAGGAUGUUGCCCUGUCCGAGGCUAGAGAAAUCAACGGCCUUCGUGCCGUGUUUGGUGAGACGUACCCUGACCCUGUCAGAGUGGUGUCCGUCGGUGCCUCUGUUGAGGAGAUGCUCAAGGACCCCAAGAACCCUGAGUGGCGCCAGUUCAGCGUUGAGUUCUGCGGUGGUACUCACGUUGACGCCACUGGCCUCAUCAAGGACCUGAUCAUUGUUGAGGAAAGCGGUAUUGCCAAGGGUAUCAGACGUAUCGUCGCCUACACGGGCGCCGGUGCCCACCAGGCUCAGCAAGACGCCAAGGACUUCAGCGACAGACUAGAUCACAUUGCUGCCUUGGAGUUUGGCCCCGAGAAGGUUUCGUUGGUCAAGGCUGCGUCCGUCGAUCUCGAUGCUCUCGUCAUCUCCGUCUUGACCAAGGAAGAGUUGCGUAAGAAGUUUGCCACCAUUCAGAAGUCAGUCCUUGACGAGCAAAAGAAGAGGCAAAAGGCUGAGAGCGGGACUGCUCUGUCUACCGUUCAAAAGUUCUUUGCCGAUGAGAAGAACAAGGACGCCAAGGCGUUCGUUGGGCACUUGCCCAUCUCUGCCAACGCCAAGGCCAUCUCUGAGGUGAUGACUUACUACAAGAGCAAGGACAAGGCCAAGAGUGUGUAUCUGUUUGCUGGAAGCAAGGAUGAAGCUGUCGUACAUGGUGUUUAUGUCGGUACCGACUUGAAGGGUGUUACCGCUGAGCAGUGGACUGCUGCUGUUACCGAGAUUAUUGGCGGUAAGACGGGCGGUAAGGAGCCCAGUCGCCAGGGUGCUGGUUCCAACCCUGAGAAGCUUGAUGAGGCCGUCACCAAGGCUCAACAAUGGUUGGAGGAGAAGAUGAAGGAGCUUAGCCUUUGA